CCUCGCCCAGGUCUCUUCCCCCUCUCAUCGCUGGUUCGUCCGCAUCCUUUCCUUUCUGUUUGUCUCCAAAGCCCUAGCUUUCUUCAGCGUUCCAUUUGCGAGCGAUGGCGCGGACGAAGCAGACGGCGAGGAAGUCGACCGGGGGGAAGGCUCCCCGAAAGCAGCUGGCGACCAAGGCGGCGAGGAAGUCGGCACCGGCGACCGGCGGUGUGAAGAAGCCCCAUCGGUUCCGCCCCGGAACGGUGGCGCUGCGGGAGAUCCGCAAGUACCAGAAGAGCACGGAGCUUCUCAUCCGGAAGCUCCCCUUCCAGCGGCUCGUCCGGGAAAUCGCCCAGGACUUCAAGACUGAUCUCCGCUUUCAGAGCUCUGCGGUGGCAGCGCUGCAGGAAGCGGCGGAGGCCUACCUGGUGGGGCUCUUCGAGGACACCAACCUCUGUGCCAUCCAUGCCAAGCGCGUAACCAUUAUGCCCAAAGACAUUCAGCUUGCUCGCCGCAUCCGAGGCGAGCGCGCCUAAAGGGUUUGAGACGGUUUCCUGUGGCUAAUGUGCUCAAAUCAGUCAAAGGGAUAUCUGGUCGAAUAGGAUGGUUGAUGGUGUGGAUUUGGGCUUUUAUUUGUUUAUAUUUUCGCCCCUUUUUAUUAUUACGGAAGGUUAUGAUUCGAUGAUCUAGGGAUUUUGGAUGUUUGUAUGGAUGAUCUUGGCUAUGAAGGAAACUCUGUUUACCGUUUAGUUGGUC